CCCAAAUCGGUAUUCCCAGAGUGGUGAAGCUCAUCUUCUGAACUCUUGGAGAGAGUGAACACCUACCUCUUCAUGAUGCAAGCCCAAGGCAUCAUGAUUCGUGAAAACAUGAGAACAAUAGGAGCUCAGGUCUACGAGCAGGUGGUCCGCAGUGCCUAUGCCAAGAGGAACAGCAGCGUGAAUGACUCAGAUUAUCCUCUUGAUUUGAAUCACAAUGAAACCUUUCUGCAAGCCACAACUUUUCUUCCUGAAGAUUUUACCUACUUUCCAAACCAUACCUGUCCUGAGAGGCUCCCUUCUAUGAAGGGCCCCAUCGAUGUAAAUAUGAGCGAAAUCACGAUGGAAGAUAUCCACCAGUUCUUCUCAAAAGACCCUUCUAUCAAGCUAGGAGGCCACUGGAAGCCGAGUGACUGUCUGCCUCGCUGGAAGGUGGCGAUCCUAAUUCCAUUCCGCAAUCGUUACGAGCAUCUUCCAGUCCUUUUCAGACACCUAAUUCCAAUGCUGCAGCGUCAACGUUUACAAUUUGCGUUUUAUGUUGUUGAGCAGGCUGGUAACCAACCCUUCAACCGUGCCAUGCUCUUCAAUGUUGGCUUUCGGGAAGCAAUGAAGGAUUUGGACUGGGAUUGUCUCAUCUUUCAUGAUGUGGACCACAUACCAGAAAAUGACCGUAACUAUUACGGAUGUGGACAGAUGCCAAGACACUUUGCAGCCAAGCUGGAUAAGUACAUGUAUCUGCUCCCAUACAAUGAGUUCUUUGGUGGAGUGAGUGGCCUGACGGUAGAGCAGUUUCAGAAAAUCAACGGUUUCCCCAACGCGUUCUGGGGCUGGGGUGGAGAGGAUGACGACCUUUGGAACAGAGUGCAGUUUGCAGGCUAUUCGGUGACUCGACCAGAAGGAGACACGGGGAAAUACAAAUCAAUUCCGCACCAUCAUCGGGGAGAAGUGCAGUUCCUAGGAAGGUACGCCUUGCUGAGGAAGUCGAAAGAAAGGCAAGCCCUAGAUGGCCUCAAUAACUUGAACUACUUUCCAAACGUCACAUAUGACGCCUUGUAUAAGAACAUCACUGUUAACCUGACACCAGAGCUGGCUCUGGUGAGUGAAUAUUAAGAGGAGAAAAUAACUUUGCUCUGCCCUUCACCAAGAAAACACCACAUUAGACUUUCUUUUUUAAGGGUUAUCGAGGACAAGAAAUACUUUGGCUAAUGAAGGAUCACAGUAUUUUGGAGAAUAAGGCUGAAAGUGCACGCACAAAUUGUCCUUGCUGUACCAAUCCAACCCGAUACUUGUGCAGCGAGCACAGCAGUCUUUUUCCUUUUCCGCCACUCGCUUUCCGGGUUUCAGGACAACGAUUUGAACUGCUGCUCUCGUCUCACAUUCCACCUCCAUCAUCUCCAGCACCGGGACUCGCUGCAGACCUGCUUCCUCCCCGCGAGCUGGCUCGGCUGAGUAACUCUGGCUCCUCGACUGGGAGGGUCAGAAGCAAUUCAGUCAGCAACUGCCCCAGCUGGGAGAUCAAACGGGACUUCUGAUACCGUUCUAUGUUUGUGCAGUUUUUUAAAUGACCUGCUUGAAGUAUAUACAACAGAAUCGCUUCUUAAAGAAGUGUAAGUGUAAAUAUGCUGUGUAAAUUGCCCCUUUUUAUUUUCUUGUAUGGUUCAGAUCCAAGCUAGAGGUUUACAUAAGAUCACUCAUUUUAGUCCUGGAUUCUGUAAACACCUGUGUGUGCAUCACUGUACUUGUGCAAGUUGUUCCCUUUUCAGCCAGUGAGACUGCUUGCAUGAUUUAAGCUAUGCAUAUGCAUAAAUGUUCGUGGAACAGGGCCCUAAACUUUAAAAUGUAGUGGUUGAUAAAUACAGCCAUCUCAUCACUCGUUACAGAAAUCAUGUGGGUGGCUUUUUCCAUGGAGAGUGAGGAAAUGGGAAUAUUUAUUGGGGGAGGGGGGGGAAUACCAUUUCUGUCAUUUUUGAAGCAUAACGUGUAAAUUAGUCUGAAAGCCAUAUGGAAUGAAAUCCAUUGCCUAUUGCUCUGUAUGCCACUUGGAUGGCCAGUGCAAGUUUAGCAGACUUGUUGAGUUCACAUGCACCACCCUGAGCAGCCACUGCUGCUUUGGGCCAGGAGACCUCGGCCCCCCGACUUCGCAAACCCUUGGGGUGGCUUCUCCUGCCCACGCAUUGUCCUCAGGAUGGGGCAGCUGGCUGCACUUCACAGGACCUGCCCCAAAUUUAGUGUUCUGCAGUGGUUCCUCUAGGAUAACAUUAUGGUUUGGGGUUUUGUUUUAUGGAAUAGUAUUUUGUAUUUAUUGUGUAAAUUUAACAGUACACUGAACUAAUGUAAAUUAGAACUAGGUAGGACACUUGGUUAUCAGCCUUAACCACCUGAAAGCACUUGCACAAGUGCAGCUAGUGGGGUAGAUUGUCCACUGAUUAGUAAUAGUGAGAAAAAUGAAGGAUAUAUGGAUUAAGUUCAUGAAAACAUGAGUACCAAGAACUCAAGAUCUCGGUCCAACACCUCAUCCAAACAUCUAAAUUUGAAAUUCUCCCUCCCUUGUCCCAUUUUUCCACUCCUCUUCCUUCUUUACAACUAAUUUGGGAUUUUUGGGUUGUACCUAUAUAAAGGGUGUUUUUUUUUUUCCCCCAUCCGCUUUUGAAAGUCAAUCCAUUAGUUACACAGCAUGUACACAGUCAUUUUUACUGGACCUCUCUCAUUUAAAAAUAAUACUUUGGGGGUUGUGUUUUAAUUAUGUAUUUAUACAUAACAAUUGUGAGUAUUUGACCUCAGAAAUACUCUUUCUUUUUAUUGCAUUGUUUGCCUUCAGUUUCCUUAACUUUUCAUGGUUUACAUUGGUUUUUUUGGUUCCGUGGAUGUAUGAUCCCCAUACACGUCUGUUGUGGGUGUGACUGCCCAGGGCAUUCCUAAAGCAUAUCAAGAAAAUGUUAGUUUAGAAAACAUGGAGUUCUCGUUGUGUCGAUCUUAUCAGGCAGUAUGAGAGGACAGUGAGUCUGCCCUUGAAAAGCGCUGAUAAGCCUGUAAUUUAGGUUUAAAGUCUUUGAAUUUACAUGUGCUUUAAAAUUGCUUCCUGAGGGAAUUCGACAUGGUUAUUUAUAGGCAGAGGUGAGGAUUUGCUUUUUAUGGCGCAUAUAGCAAUAAAGACUUUUGCUUCUGAAUCUUGAUCUUGAAUUCACAUGGACCCUUUUCAAAUGCUAGACUCUUGUUGUCCUACCCCUCUCUUUAAUCUUGAGACAUUGCUAGAAACCUGUCUUUGUUUAAUGGUGCUUCAAACAAGGAAUGUAUUUCAACUAGUCCACGUUCACUACCACGGGAAUCAUGCAUGUGUGUGUGAGUAGGUGUUAAACUACCUUAGUUUGAAUCCUCAGCCUUUGUGUACCUGACAUCCAUUGCACCUUGUGUUGAACAAAGAAAGACGUUACCUCUGCUCAGAAAUGCACUCAUUUAAGGUUGGCAUAAAAGGGUCCAUUUUGCCCCAAAAUGACAUCACUGUUCCUCUGUUCUAAUCACUUUGAAUUUUUUCCCUUUUUAAAAUGUGGAAUAUCUUAAAAAUGUGCACUGUUAUCAGCUAAGUCAAAUGCUGUAUAGUAAAUGUAACUGUUUAAGAACAUACUGUCAAGCGCAUGUGCUGUUCUGGUGUAAAAAUUCUCGUAUUAAAGAACUUGUACAUAUUCUGGCAGCUGAGAUUCAACAAGGCCACUCGUUUACCCCUUCCAUGUCACCACCGUCUGUAGCCCUGCAGAAGGGCAGGUCAUGUUCAAUGCUGUUUUUCUUUCUUCUUCUUCUUCUUUUUUUUUUUUUUUUUUUUUUUUUU